AUGUCUAAAGUUUAUUUGGUUACCGGAGUUUCAAGAGGUAUCGGUUCUUGUAUCGUCAAGAAGUUAUGCUCUUUGGAGUCUACUAAGGCAGUCAUUGGUAUUGCUAGAUCCCAGGAAAAGCUAGAAGAGCUCAAGGUAUUCUACAAGGGCAAGUUUGACUACUGGUGCGGUGACGUCUCUGACGAAACCACCAUUGAAAACGCUGUCAUCUUUGUAAAGGACAAGUAUAAGCGUUUGGACGGAAUUGUCGCAAAUGCGGGAGUUUUGGACCCAGUCGAAGAUGUCAACAAUAUUCACGUUUCCCAGUGGAAAAAACUUUUCGACAUCAACUACUUCAGUGUCGUGUGUCUCGUUGGCCACGCCCUACCAUUGUUGAAGGAAUCGCAUGGUAACAUCGUCUUUGUGAGCUCCAGCGCCAGUGUCGAAACCUACUACGCAUGGGGUGCAUACGGUUCUUCCAAGGCAGCAUUGAACUAUUUCGCUAAGACAAUUGCCUUCGAAGAAAAAGAAGUGAGCGCCAUUUCCGUCGCCCCAGGCAUUGUCAGAACCCAAAUGCAAGAGGACAUCAGAGAAAAGUUCGGACCUAAGGGUAUGACCAAGGAUGCCCUCAAACAAUUUGUUGACCUUCACGAGAAUGACCAAUUGGUAUCACCAGACGUCCCAGCCAGUGUUUACGCAAACCUAGUCAGUAGAGGUAUCCCAUCUGAGAUUAACGGUGCAUACUUUGACUACAAUGACGAAAAACUAGCAAGUUUUGCCUAG